GAAAGAACCUGCUGCUCGUGUCGGUUCGGAUGACUUGGGACAUCACGUCUGACGUUUAGGAUGCCAGGUAAAAGACGCCCCCCAGGGUUUAAAGUAGCAACACCUGAACCUCCAGCAAACCCAACGCCUCCACGUGAUCUAGACUCUAAGGCGACCAUCAAGAUUCGGGAUGAAGAGUUUGAGAUUGAGGCCAGUGACUUAGUACUGAAGAGAAAUUUAGGUCGCGGUGCUUAUGGAGUUGUGGAUGAAAUGAAACAUGUGAAAAGUAAUACUAUAUUAGCAGUUAAGAGAAUCACAGUGACUGUAAACAGUAAGGAACAGAAACGUUUACUUAUGGAUCUAGACAUCUCCAUGCGGAGUGGGUCCUGUCCAUAUACAGUCACCUUCUAUGGUGCUUUGUUCCGUGAGGGUGAUGUAUGGAUAUGUAUGGAGGUAAUGGAUGCCUCUUUAGACAAAUUCUACAAGAAGAUUUGUGAGAAUGGUGACAGAAUACCUGAGGAUGUUGUAAGAGUCAUUGCCUAUUCAGUUGUUAAAGCUUUGGAUUACCUAAAGAAGGAGUUAGGAGUAAUACAUCGUGACGUAAAGCCCUCCAAUAUCCUCAUCAACAAGAAAGGACAGGUGAAAAUCUGUGAUUUUGGUAUCAGUGGGUACCUUGUCGAUUCAGUAGCCAAAACAAUGGAUGCCGGAUGCAAACCAUACAUGGCUCCUGAGAGAAUCAACCCAGGAGAGGGUCAGACAGCCUAUGAUAUCAAAUCAGAUGUAUGGAGUCUUGGUAUAACACUGAUUGAAUUAGCGACAGGAAAGUUUCCCUAUCCAUCAUGGAAGACACCAUUUGAACAGCUGAAGCAAGUAGUACAAGAUCCUCCACCAAAUCUUCCCCCAGAUGAGUUCUCGCAAGAGUUUGAUGAUUUUGUCAAAAAAUGCUUGCUGAAGGAAGUAAAGAAUCGCUGCAACUAUGAAGAACUCUUGACACAUCCAUUUGUAGCACAGGAGAGAAUAAUGGACUCGGAAACCUUGGCAGAGUAUGUACAGGGAAUGUUUGAGAAAUACGGUGACCCCAAUGAAACCAGCUAAUGAUGGGAAACAGUUAGCUAGUAUUGUUGUAUAAAGUUCCAGUGACACCAGCAUGAACUGCUUUUGUCAAAAAAUUUGUUGUGGAGCAAAUUCUUCUAAAACAACACAAGAAACAACAUUGUAGGGGGCCUGUCCUCCUAUGACACAAGAAACAACAUCAACAGGAGCCAAUUCACCCAUGGCACAAGAAACAACAUCAACAGGAGCCAAUUCACCCAUGGCACA